GAACGAGCGGAAGUGACGUCAUAUGCGGAAGAGCCCUGCUGAUGCCCACUCCAUGUGCCCAGGAUGGAUGGAGCACCUUCAGUGCAAAAUGUUUCCCUCUUUGGACUGGCUCUGGAAUGUCCCCUGCUAUCUGGACUUUCACACUGUACCAGCAAUGGAAGGUUGGAAGUCUCUGAACAUCUUAAAUCCUCAGAAAUCCUGGCCAGCGAGAAUAUGCGGAAUGUAGGAGUCCCAGAGGUUUCAGACCGUUUAAGCUGCAGUACCUGCCAGUGCUUAUUUGAUAACAGGGAGGAGCAGAAAGAGCAUUACACAUUGGACUGGCAUCGUUUUAACCUGAAACGUAGAAUCAAGGGUGCAGCUCCACUCAGUUCAGAGGAAUUCCAGGAGAAGACUCGAGACGGGGAUGUUUCCAGCAUCUCUGGCUCCGACACUGAAAGCUCUGAGGAUGAUGAUGAUGAUGUGGUCAUUACUCCUGAACCUGAGGAAGAUUCAGAUUCCAUUCCUUAUCUCACCAGCCGCUCACAGAGAUGCUUGUUCAGGAACAGCCAGGGACAGCUGCUCUCCGUGUACCGCUGUGUGCUGGGUGAAAUUAAGAAUACAGAUGCGGAACCGGGACAGUUGUUGAAUUGUGUAAAGAGUAUGCAGGAGCAACCGAUCCUGGUGAUUCUCAUGGCUGGCGGAGGACAUUUUGCUGGAGCCGUCUACAAAGGAAAAGAGAUUUUAAAACACAAAACCUUCCACCGGUAUACUGUGCGUGCCAAAAGAGGGACUUCUCAGGCAGUACAUGAUGCUCAGAAUCGUAGUCACAUGCCCAAGUCUGCGGGGGCUGCCCUACGAAGGUAUAAUCAGGCUGCUCUGAUCACGGAUAUCACUCAGCUGCUGCAGAGCUGGGCAGACCACGUGAAGGAGGCACGAGGAAUCUUCCUGCGGGCCCCUCGCACUGAUAGGACUCUGUUUUUGGGCCGUGACUCUCCCAUCCCACGGAAAGAUCCCCGCGUGCACGGUGUCCCCUUUAUAACCCGGAGAGCCACCUUCAGGGAGGUGCAGAGAGUUCACAGCCAGCUCUUCACUCUGCAGGUCUAUGAUAAAGAAAUAUCACUGUCAUCAUUUACUAAACCCAAAGUAAAAAUCGCUAAAGCAAAAAAGACAGACAAGCCUGAACCAAGAGAAGAGAAAACAGUGAGUCCAGAUUUAUCUGAAGACGAAGAACCUGUGACGGUAAACCUUGUUACUGAAGAGCUGACACUCAGCACUCUAGACCUUCGUGAAUAUGAGCUGUAUCCCAAACGGAAACGGAAAAAGAAGAAGAAGAAUUACACAAAAGAUGAUUCCAAAGAGCCUGAUGGAGAAGAGGAUUCCGCAAACAGAAAUCCGCAGAUGGAAACUUAUGAAGACCUCCCGAUGUCUGUACCAGAAGAAGACGAAUUAUGCCAGAUCCGGAACACCUUGUUCACCUGCUGUAAGACUGGGGAUAGCCAGAAGGCCAAAGAGAUUCUCCAGGUUCUCCUCAAUGCCAAUCCUGAGCUGCCUCCAUCAACGAAAACUUUGACAAUCAGAGAGAUGGAAUCCCUGGUGAAUGAACGGCUCCCCCUGGAGGGACGCACUCUGCUACAUGUGGCGGCAUCUUCUGGACACGGAGAAGUUGCAUGUCUGUUAAUGGAUGCUGGCUGGGACCCAUCUCUAAGGGAUUCUGCUGGACAGACUCCUUAUUCUCUGUCACCCAACAAAGCCACCAGGAAUAGAUUCCGUAAAUAUCGGGAAGACAAUCCGGAAAGAUUUAACUACAGCAAAAGCCAGAUCCCGGGGCCAGUAUCCAAGGAGGCUGAGGCACUGAAGGCCAAAAAGAAGCAAGCCUAUAAGGCACAGAAGAAGCAGAGGGAGAAGGAGGAGAAGGAAGAGAGAAAGAUGAAGGAAGAAGAGGAAGCAGAGAAGAGAAGGUUUGCAGCUCUAAGUGAUCGAGAAAAGAGAGCUUUGGCUGCCGAACGACGAUUUGCUACCCAGCUCAACAACACCAAAGGAACAGAGAGCGGCAGAAGACGUUGCUGGCAGUGUGGGGAGUCCCUUCUAGGCAAAGUCCCAUUUGAAUAUCUAGAUUUCGCCUUCUGCUCUACUCUCUGCUUGCAAGAGCAUCGCAGGAGCAAAGCUGCUAAAUGAGGAUAGACCGUGCGGUUGCACAGGAGAUGACAUCACAGGAUUGGGAUUCACACGAGCUGGUUGGAAUGAGGUCCCAUUGCCAGCUGAAUAGUGUGUCACCAAACAAGAUUCGUAUUAAGCACAGACAAUGGCUUUCACAUGUAAUGGAUAUCUAGAGCCUGCAAACAAGUGGCAUUGUCUUUUUUUUUUUGCAUUAUGUAGAAAUCUGACAGUACCUCAUUUUAAAGUCGAAUCAAGGUGCUAAACAUCCACUUUAGGUUAGAAUCUUUGUCCGUAUAAAAUGAGUGCUGGGGUUGAGCACCAGGACAAGCGUCUGGUAAUGUGACAUAUCUACUACAUUCCCAAGUAGAGAAAUAAAUAGAAACUGUAAAGGAGCUCAUUGCAAUAGGAAUAUCGAAUUUUACCAUUCCUAUCUUGGGCAAGUGAUAUCACUAAAACCACAUAAACACUGGAUGUUAUGGUUGGGGAAUAGAAUCUGCUGGGUGGGGGCACAGAAUUAAUGUUGGCAAGCUGUAAAGUCAAUAGGAAUCUCUGGGCAGCGUUUCACCCACUGACUGUACUCCGUUUUAUAGUUUAAAAUGGGUGAAUGGUUCAUUAUGCCUGUGAAAACAACCCGGACCCUCGUUUGUUAUUUCUAGACCAGAAAAAUAACACUAAACUAAUUUUUCUUAUUUGUUAAAAUCUUUCAAUGGACUGGUGUAAAGUUUGCCUGAGUUUUACAUCCUCUCCGGUUUAAUCUAUUAAUGAGGCUUGGAAUGCUAACCACACUGAAAUAGAAUACUAGCAAAGUAUGUGCUUCAUACUCUGCAUUAAAGCAGCCCUGUGCUCCUCACCCAGUGACCGGUGAAUACACUUUUAACCCACCUGUACUAAUGGAUCCAUGAUGAAGAAUGGGAGAUGUUGUGAUACAUGUAUCAUCUGAUGUAACUGAGUGUUACUCAUAUGUCCGUGUAAUAACUUAAAAUAUUCAUGACUAAUUUAUUUUAAUUAUUUUAUGUGUAACAUUAAACAUAAUGUGGUAAACUAUACAUUAUGAAAAGUAAUGGCGUCAAGGUUCUGGCAGGAUUCAUAAACAACUCUACCAUUUGGUCCCAUGGUUUAUGAUGUCUUCAGAUCUCACUUAUUACCCAGUACUUUGGUAUGCAUUCAGUAUAAUCUAUUCCCUCCGCUAGCAAAAUCACUAGCCUGUGAAUAGAUUAGAGCAGGCUUCCCCCAACUCCGGCUCUCCAGCUGAGCUACAACUCCCAUAAUUCUCAGCCUAUCUAUUUCAUUCAUAGAACCAUGGGAGUUGUAGUUCAGCAACAUCUGGAGGGCCAGUGUUUUGGGAAGCCUGGAUUAGAAGAUAUACUACUAAUUUAAUACCCAUCCCCUCUUGCCUAUGUGCCUCUUUCCUUAAGCGCUACAGGCAUUGCUGGGGAACCCUGCCCAAUUUAGUUUUUAUAGAUGCUUACACCAUUGCAAGUGCACCGAUGUUAGAAUGGCUUCUCAGUUCUUCCGGCAAGUGCAAGCUAAGCUCACUAGUGCACAUGCGCUGUAGUUGCUGUGACUGUAGGGAGGUUUUCCUGCUCUCUCUUUUCAUUCUUUGCAAUAAAAGUGUAUUAUCCUGGCAAUGCACCUUAUGCAGGAUAUUGAUUGACCGGAAAGACUAGGGGUGUUCGGUUCAUUGCAAACAGUUAAAUUAACUUUACAGGAUCUUUAAAUUUGAAGGUGGUGUAACGUGGCCAACAUGUGCAGUUUAAGAAUACUGCAACAAACAUGACGUGUACAGCUAUGAAUCUGGUUCCAUAUCACAGUAUCUGCAAAUAGUUCUUGCAGUUAAGUGUAGCCCAUGCUAAUACCACCGCAAUCUGGUUAUUCUCACGUGUUUAACCCUUUUAUAUUUAUGAAUUAAUAUUAAGUCUAAGGGGCGUAGUUUAAAACUGGGACAAGUGGGAAUCGCAAAAUUGGA